AUGGCCACAAACGCCCCCGACGACACUCCCCCCUCCCCCGCCUACUUCCCCACCUCUUCCACCUCGCCCCUGCACCCCCCAACAGCCCUGUACGCAAAGCUGCGCAGCCUCAAGCCCACCGACCUCGUGAAGACCCAGGACCUCACCGUCCCCCCACGCAGCGGCCGUGCCUGGCACGUCCCCGCCGGCUCUCUCUUCCGGCUCUCAACCCCCAAAGGCCCGCAGGUAGGCGACCUCAACCUCUGGAACGCGCGCGAUCCCCGCGAGCGGUUCUGGGCCGCGCGAACACGGCAACUGCAGGGGAGCCACAUGGUGCAAGGCGACCGGCUCUGGAGCAACCUGCCCUUCAUGCGUCCCCUGGCCGGCAUCAUCUCCGACGAGUGUCUGAUCCGCGACGCGCCCGGCUCAGCUGCGAACGGCGGGCGCGAAGCAUCGCGGGAUCAACGGGGCGGCCUCACCAAGUGGGGAGGCCGAUGUCACGACCUCCUCGGCACACGCUGCGAUCCCUACAUCUCCCACACCCUCACCGGCGCCGCCUACGACUUCCACUGCCACAGCAACCUCGUGCGCGCCGUGCUGCCACACGGGCUCACCGAGUUCGACGUCCACGACGUGCUGAAUGUGUUCCAGGUCACGGGGCUGGACGCGCAGGGGCGGUACUUCAUGGAGGCGAGUCCCGCGACGGAACAGAGCGCGCUGACCUUCUUCGCCGAGCAGGAGUUGCUGUGCGCGCUCAGCACCUGCCCCGGCGGCGAUUUGAGUCGUUGGGGGUGGAGCCAGGCCGAGGAGGGGGAUGCCGAGGAGGGCAUGAAGGGCACCUGUCGGCCGAUCAGGGUCGAAGUUUUCGAGAUAAGGGAGAGGGGGGUGUUGGACGGGUGGAGUCCGCCUGAGAGGAGCGGGUACAGGGGGUAUCAUGGGAUGAAGAUUCCCGGGGGCGAGGCACGAGCCUGA